AUGUCUUUCCAGAAGCCCGAGAAGGACUUUGGCGAGGGCCCUAAGGUCCACAAGAUCCGUAUCACUCUUACCUCUCGCAAGGUCGCUUCCCUCGAGAAGGUCUGCACUGAGCUGAUCGACCGUGCCCGCUCCAAGUCCCUCCAGGUCAAGGGCCCCGUCCGUCUGCCCACCAAGACCCUUCACAUCUCCACCCGUAAGACCCCCAACGGUGAGGGUUCCAAGACCUGGGACAAGUACGAGAUGCGCAUCCACAAGCGUCUUAUCGACCUCCUCGCCCCCACUGAGACCGUCAAGCAGAUCAUCAUCAACAUCGAGGCCGGUGUUGAGGUUGAGGUCACCAUUGCCGCCUAG